AUGAAAAAGUAUCAACAGCUUUUCUUAGCUAUAGUAUCCAUUGUUAGUUUUGCGUGUUUAUUAAUAUACAGACAUGAAUACAAUAAGCUACGCUAUGUUCUUGAAGUUUUGAGUUUUUUCGGAACUCCAGGGAUGCCUGCCACCGUCUCUUCACCAUGUACUACAACUAAUAAUAACUUUGAAAAAUACACACUAAAGACAAUGCCAACUUGGCAAAGUAUAAGAGAUUCUCUUUUUCUUUAUUCCGCAUUUUCAGAGUACGUUGAUCACAAUUUAAAAAUUAAAGUUUAUGCAGUAGGAAUGUUGAAUGCAAGUCUUGAUUUUAAAUGCUACCUGUGGUAUGAUCAAGGCUCCAAAAUUCAAGAAGCACAAUUUAAUUUUUCUAUUUUAGCAUUGAAAAAUCAAAAUUCUGCUAAUUUUGAAAAUGCAAAUAAAAAUUUAUCUGGUGUUACCGUUUCCCAUCAGCCAGUUAAUGAAACAUAUCAAGGAUUUAUUCCUGUAAUUAGCUCAAAAUUAACUGAUCCUCAAAAGAAUUCAACUGGGAUUUGUAUAAUGCCUGGACAAGUCUCCAUGUUCAAUGAAUCUAAUUUUUUUGAAUUUAUAAGCUUUCACAGCAUUAUAGGGAUAAACAAAUAUGUUGUCUAUGAUAAUGUGCUCUUUAACAGGCUAUCAUCGAAUACUCUACAAAAUCUGAAAAAAAACGCGGAAGUAAUAAUUUUACCAUGGAAUUACCCAUAUUCGAAUGAAAAGAAGUUAAUGGACAUUGUCGCUGAACAAGAUUGUUUAUCUCGAUUUAGGGGAGUAUUUGAAAAUAUAAUUAUACUAGACUGGAAUAAAUUUUUAGUGCCUCAUUAUAUACUCAAUUUCAGUAAAAUAAUAAAUGAGCUUGAUAUUGAUAAAAAAUCAAACAAGUUUUUAUUUUCUACUCAGCUCUUUUGCUUAGAAUAUGAAGAUAAUGAAAAUUUUAAUGCAUGGACACCUCUAAUAUUUAGAAAAACCAUGUAUUCAUUACCUAAAAUUGACAUUCAAGUGCCACUUUAUAAGCCUCAUAUUCGAUCAAAUCAAAUUUACAGAGUAAGGAGAAAUAUGGUAGCUGUUCAUCAAUAUUUAAAUUGUCAAGGGUUAAAAUUAAAAACAGGGAGCAAAAAUUACAAACAAAAUGAUACAACUGUUUUUAAUUACCAGGAAUUCCUUAAAGAUGUGAACACAUUUAACAAAAAAAAAAAUUUAUGA